GCGCUGGGAGGGGCGGGCUCAGGACCCAUUUCCGGGGCAGGGAGCCGCCCAGCCCUGUGCAGUUAAGAGUUUGUCCGCCUUCUGGCACGGUAAGGGCGGAAGUACGGGAACUGGGGGUCUCUAGCUUUUCGGGCUGUGGCGAGGCGACUGAUACGAGAUGGAGACAGGCGCGGCCGGGGAAGGUGGUCGGAACGGUCCCCGGGGGCGGCGAGUCUUGAAUGAAGCAGAGAGGCCGCAGCUGAACCAUGAAGUGCAGCCUCAGUCCGGAGCAAAUAGCUGUCCCAAACAUUCCUACUGGUUGGAUCUCUGGCUCUUCAUCCUCUUCGACCUGGUAUUGUUUUUCUUCGUGUAUUUUUUGCCAUGAUGGUUUUCCUGAUAGCUAAAUGAUUUUUGGCUCCUGGAGUGGAUCCUGAAAGUGACUACACACAACAAAGAAGAUUGUGCAACAGAAGAAUUUCAAACUCUAAGGGACCUUCCUUUCAUUUCACACAUUCUCUUAUUCUUUUGGGGCACUAUAUUAAAUUGGUAAUGAUCUCAUCCAUUCAGAGCUGUUCCGAAAACUAGACUCCAAUUCAUGUUUAAAACCUUUUCAAAUUAUCUGAUGUCUUUACAGAAGCUGAAUAUAAAAGUAUUUCUACAUAAAGAUUUACUGUGCUUAUUAGGAAAUACAUUAAUGUUUUUAACAUUUUAAGGGUUAGCCAGGAUUUAAAUUAAGUGGACCUUUGUUAUGGUUGCCAGAUUGGUACAGUCUUAGAGCAAGUAUAUAAUAUGCAAUAAUGGAAAGCUAGAGUGCAUGUCCUCUUACCUGGAUGCUUCCCCUCAUUUGCUUUUAAGCUUUGGUGUGUUUCAAACCUAUUGUUAUUAUUGUGGUUGCAUUGAGAAUGGUUGUGGCCAAAACAAUUUUUAAUAAUGUCUGUAACUUAUUUCAGCAAAGUCAGCAUAUUUACUCAUUAACAGAUAUGUGAGCAGAUAUUUGGACCAGGUACAACAGUUAACCAAACCGACAAAAAUUCUUGCCUUCAUGGAGCUUACAUUCUUACUUUUUAUCUAAAUUCAUUAAUAUGUUAAAUGUUAUUCUAGGAGUGAUCAGCUAGUGUUUAAUCAGAAAGGUCACACUCCCAAAGCAGCUACUCUAUUAUGUAACAGACAUCAGAAAUGACCUGUCCUUAUUAUAGGGGUUUCCUUAUAAUGGGGUGAUGUGUUAUAUAUUGGAAUUGUCAAAUAGUUUGGGGAUAUUCCCCUCCCUCAGAAACAGGGCAUAGAUCAGAUGAACUCUACAUCCUCUGCUUUUUAGAAUGGCAUUUAGGUUAGCAUAAAAGCUGGAAUGAUUAUGGAGGAUUUUAGCCUAAUGCUAACUAUAAGGUUAAUAAUUAUGCCUUCAGAGUAUUGUUCCAUCUGCCUGAAGAAACCUUUUAUGCAAAAGUUGAAGCAUCAAGAGAAAACAGAACUGGGAUUUCAUUGAGGAUACCAAGCAGAUUGUAUGAAUUAUUUUUGUGCUGCUUGAUAAUACUUUUGUCCAAUAAAUGUUUAUUGUACAGGCA